AAGUUCCCAUGAAGCUCUUUGGUGAGAGCAGGUUUCCUCACUUGGUUUUGUGUCACUGUCACACCAUGUGUGUUCUGCUUUUCUCUUCAGACUAAAUUAUUUCGUCAGAAACUCAGCAACAUGCAGAGGACAAAGUGGUGGCUCCUCUGGUGGCUGCUCCUGUAUUUGGUGUCUCAUAACAUCGGCUAUGGUAAAAAGAAAUGUAGAUCCUAUCGACAAAAUAAGGGAAUAGCUUAUUGUUGUCAAUUAACACCCCAAACUCGAGAUCUCGCACCCUGUAUGAAGGAUCUAAGCGACACUUUGAAAAGAGGAAGAAUUUACAACAUUACUGAGAUCUUGCUGGAUCUGGAAGACCUUCUUGAGGAAGUCGACGUGGAUAGAAAUAUGAACAUGUCUUUCCCUCAUGUGGCGUUUCUCCUGCAGAAGCCAAAUGGCCCCUUCAAAGGCCUGAAAAUUCAAGCCAGCGAGAAUGAGGCAUCGUCAGAGAGGAAUAUCCCUAACGCCAGAGUGAAUGUUCAACUGCCCAGAGAGUUGGAUGCUGGACCAAAAAACGCAAUUGCAUUUUGCCUGCUUACCUGGCCUGAAACAAAUAUGACGACAUCAGGAGCCUCAGAUGAACUGUAUGAGAACACAAUGGUUGGCCUGAGUGUGCGUCAUAAGAAGAUUUCAGGACUACAGGAACCUGUCAACAUCACCAUGAAUCUUAAUAUCGGCAUAAAUGAGAUCCGAGUCCCCAGGUGUGUGUUUUACAAUGUCACAACACAUGCAUAUAGCAGUAGUGGCUGUGUAACCCUUUGGGAGCGUGGUCAGGAACACAUCACCUGCUCCUGUGAUCACCUCACAUACUUCGGCGUGCUCAUGGUGUCUGCUCCCCUUACACACUUGGACCAGGAGAUAUUGACAUAUAUUAGUCAGAUUGGCUGUAGUCUUUCUGUCAUUGCCCUGGUCUUCACUGUUUUAAUCUUCAUCACAAACAGAAAGCUCAGAGAAGAUGUCUCCAUGAAGAUCCACGUCAACCUGGCUGUUGCGCUGAUUUUGCUCAACCUACAUUUCCUCCCCAGUCACAUAGUGGCAGCACAGUCCUCCAACGGGCUUUGCCUGUACAUGGCUCUAUUUCUUCAUUAUUCCCUGCUGGCCACAUUCAGCUGGAUGGCCUUGGAGGGUUUCCACAUCUACCUUCUCAUAGUCAAAGUCUUCAAUAUCUACAUCAAGAAAUACAUGCUCAAACUCGCUCUCGUAGGUUGGGGUAUUCCUGCAAUCAUUGUGGCCCUGGUGGUCAUCAUAGACAGAGACGCCUAUGGUCGCGUUGCUUUGAACUCAUCUGAACCCAACAGCACUGCAAUAUGCUAUAUUGCCAACGACAUAGUAAAAGUGGUGACUACAAUGGGAGUAUUUGGCUUGGUGUUCAUCUUUAACAUGAUCAUGUUUGGGUUGACAGUCAGACGUGUUGUGAGUCUCCACCAUAGUAAAGAGUUUGGGACGAUUGACUUUGACAGAGCCAAGCGAGACACCUGUACCCUGCUGGGUGUCACCACUCUGCUCGGCCUCACCUGGGGCCUGGUCUUAUUCUCAUUUGGCUCCCUGACGGUUCCUGGCCUCUACCUCUUCUGCAUCCUGAACUCACUGCAAGGUGUCUUCAUCUUCCUGUGGUCUGUGAUGUCUUUGAGAAAGAACAGAAAGUCAGCGACUGUGAGCGUAACACAAAGCACCAAAAGCUAAGGCCGAAGGAUAUAGCAAGAUGUGUGUGCGGUGUGUUUGUGUGUGUGUGUGUGUGUGUGUGUGUGUGUGUGUGUGUGUGUGUGUGUGUGUGUGUGUGUGUGUGUGUGUGUGUGUGUGUGUGUGUGUGUGUGUGUGUGUGUGUGUGUGUGUGUGUGUUUGUUUGUGUGCGUGUGGGUGCGUGUGUGUGUCUGUGUGUAAUACUCAAAUAAUUAAACAAAUGUACAUACUGAAAUCCACUCAUGUAAGUGACUCUGAUGUUUAAUUAUGAAAAUAUUUUAUUUCUCAGUUUCCAUGCUGUUUUAAAGUUUUUUCAUUAACAUACCCUGUUGUGUUUAUACUUUAUGGUGAGGUGUUUACUUAUCCAUCCAUAGGGCAAAACAGUUUGAAGUAAAGAAGUUGCUAAGAUGUACAACUAAAAGGAAGGGCCAAUGCUUGCUUGUUGUGGGAACGGUUGGGUUUCUAUAAAUAUAUUUCUAGCAAUGACAGUGUGUGUACAGUAUUUUCAUGCAGCUUGCAUGUCACUUUCAAACAUUACAGAUUCAUU